ACUCAAUUCCAUAACAUUUUUAAUUAUUUUAAUAUAUUUUACAAUUUAAUAUUUAGAAUGAUGAAAGUUACGAAAUUUCUUUCUUCGCAGAAGGUUUGCGAUGCCUUGGUUAUGUUUGGGCUACACGUUAAUCGGACUCCUUUCGUCUCACAUCCAGGAGUAAUGGCUGUGGCUCAAUUAUUGGAGAUGAAAUCGUUGGUAGAGCACAGAGCACAUUUUACACAAGAAGAUGUUAACAGAAUGUACCCAUUCGAUUCCGAACUCGCCAAAAAGGCGCAAGUGGCUGUGGAUCAUGACUUACCAAUUUCACACUAUAAUCUUGAUUAUCUAGAUAAACCAGGAUUUUUGGAGAGUUUAUUGGAGGAGCGAAAGUUGAAUGAGCAGAUAGCAACUGAGGUAUUAUCCUCACCAAAAGGCAAUUACACACCACCCGAAUCCCUCAAAUCAUAUAAACUGCCCACUGUCCCGGUGGAGUGGCGCGAACAUGAGUUGGCGUUUACAGAUUUAAUGAUUGACGUACAGCCUUCAAUACUACGAGAAAUGGAAACUCAAGCUAAAAUGAGAGAAUUCAUCAAAGAACAUCAAAAAACCUUCAAAACCAAACAAAACUAA